UUCGCCUAUAUAAGAGAGACGGCUUACGGCCCCUCCCAUUCCGCCUCCAUUUCUCUUCUUCUGACGCCUCAUUUCUCUGUUUUCUCGGAUCUCAUUUGCGAUCGCCAUGGCUGGAAAGAUCAAGAUCGGCAUCAACGGGUUCGGAAGGAUCGGGAGGCUGGUCGCCAGAGUCGCACUUCAGAGUGACGAUGUGGAGCUCGUUGCUGUCAACGACCCCUUCAUCACCACUGAUUACAUGACGUACAUGUUUAAGUAUGACACGGUGCAUGGAUCAUGGAAGCAUCACGAGAUUAAGGUUAAGGAUUCUAAGACUCUUCUUUUUGGCGAGAAAGAAGUCACCGUUUUUGGUAUCAGGAACCCUGAGGAGAUCCCAUGGGGUGAGUCUGGUGCCGAGUACGUCGUGGAAUCAACUGGUGUCUUUACUGACAAGGACAAGGCUGCUGCUCACCUUAAGGGUGGAGCCAAGAAGGUCAUAAUCUCUGCUCCCAGCAAGGAUGCCCCAAUGUUUGUUAUAGGAGUGAAUGAAAAUGAGUACACGUCUGACAUAAACAUUGUAUCAAAUGCAAGCUGCACAACCAACUGUCUUGCUCCUCUAGCCAAAGUCAUCCAUGACAGAUUUGGAAUAGUGGAGGGUUUGAUGACUACAGUUCAUUCUAUCACAGCCACUCAAAAGACUGUUGAUGGACCAUCUAGCAAGGACUGGAGAGGUGGACGUGCUGCAAGCUUUAACAUCAUUCCUAGCAGCACUGGUGCUGCCAAGGCUGUUGGAAAGGUCCUUCCUUCUUUGAAUGGAAAGUUAACCGGUAUGUCUUUCCGUGUUCCGACUGUUGAUGUGUCUGUUGUAGAUCUUACUGUCAGGCUUGAAAAGGCUGCCACCUAUGAUGAGAUCAAGGCUGCCAUUAAGGAGGAAUCCGAGGGAAAGCUUAAGGGCAUUCUAGGAUAUGUGGAGGAGGACUUGGUCUCCACUGACUUUGUAGGAGACAGCAGGUCAAGCAUCUUUGAUGCCAAGGCAGGAAUUGCCUUGAAUCCUAACUUUGCCAAGCUUGUGUCUUGGUAUGAUAACGAGUGGGGUUACAGCUCACGUGUAAUUGACCUGAUCCGCCACAUUCACAAGACUAAGUAAUUCGAUUGCUUCCCCGACUUGCUGUUCUCCGGCCGUUCUUCGGACCAUUGCUUUCUCUUUAUUUUCAUCACGAAUAAAUGUUUUGAUGCGACAUCUUUUUCAUAAUUGCCUCCCAGACUCUAGCCUGGGCAUUACAUACAUGCCCAGUUUUUGUUUUAGAUGUUAAUUAUUCAGCUGAAUGUGAGGCUGAACCGUGUACUUUGCUUCCGGACUCACUGAUAUGGAAGUCGAUUUAUUUUGAGUUGAGAAUAGUCUUGCUGGUUG